UUAAAUGAAAAAUCAAAUUGUAGGGCUUUCUUUCUCCUUUCCCAAUUCUGUAUUCCUCCUAACUUGGUUCUCUACUUCUCCAACAAUAAUCAAGAUCUUCUGCAAUUGUGGGCGACGAGCAAUGAAAGACAAACUUUCUGAGGAGAAUAUAUGUUGAUUGUUGAGUAUCAUCUAGGCAAUCAUCAAGAUCUUCUCCGAGAUGAAGAUUCCCGGGUUCGCUCUUUUUCACUGGAGAUGAGGAUGGGGAAGGGCUUAAGGUGGCUGUGAAAGAAUUAGGUGCAUGAAGCUUUGGCGUUACAGUUGGUUUUGGAACUCCUAGACAGGACUUGGACAUGUUUCUUGCGUUUGAGUGUGCUUAACUGCAAUUUUUUUUAACUUUCUGAGGAGAAUCGUCAUCGUCUUCGUUGGUGAGAGUGGUUGUCUUCGCCGUCUCCGGUGAGACUGGUUGCCGUUGCCGUCUCCGGGGUACAGGUCGGAAGCUUGUAUUGUGUCUUUUGCUGGUUGAGGGGAGAGAGGUUUUGCUGGAAGAGGAGUGUUCUUUGGCUUAUUUAAUGAUGUCAAAUCUCAGCCAUCAGAUGAGAUGAAUGGCUGAGAUUGAAUAAAUUUCAAACAAUUUCAAUAAAUCCAAUUCCAGCCGCCCCUAUCCCAAAACGACGGGGAUUAGAAGAACAGUGCAAGAGAGAGAAGCGGGAUCAACUUGAAGGUCUCGCUUGAAAGGUUCGACAACUUUGAGUUUGAGAGUAGCAAGCGAAACCCCAUGUGCAUAGCAGUGUUUUUAUGGCAAGCUCACCCGCUCUACCCACUCAUCUUACUACUGAACAGAGACGAGUUUCAUAAUCGGCCUACUGCGCCGCUGGCGUGGUGGGAAGGUGGAGAGAUUCUGGGCGGAAGAGAUGGGUUGGCUGGUGGGACAUGGUUGGCUUGCUCCAGGGAAGGUAGAUUGGCUUUUUUGACAAAUGUUAGGGAAGUUCAUCAAUCGACUCCUCUGGUCAAGAGCAGAGGAGACCUUCCUGUUAGCUUCUUGAAGAGUAAGAAGAAUCCAUUGGAAUUUGCUGAGGAAGUUUUGAAAGAGGCAGAUCAGUAUAAUGGGUUCAACCUGAUACUGGUUGAUCUAGGUUCCAAAAGCAUCAUUUAUGUAACCAAUAGAAGUAAAGAAGACAAAGUAGGUUUCAUCCGAGAGGUUUCACCUGGGAUUCAUGUGUUAACUAAUGCAAGCCUUGAUUUCCCUUGGCCCAAGGCCCAACGACUGCGCCUGAGUUUUGAAGAACUAUUAGUAGAAUAUGGUGAGAAUGAACUUCCGUUGAAGGAAAUGGUAGAACGACUAAUGACAGAUACAACAAAAGAUAGAAGCAGCUUGCCUGGCAUAUAUCCACCAGAGAAGGAAUAUGAGUUGAGUUCCAUUUUUGUUGAUAGGGACACGCCAUUGGGACGUUAUGGCACCAGGAGCACUUCAGCUUUGCUUGUAAAGUUGGGUGGAGAGGUUUGCUUCUACGAAAGGCAUCUGGAUAAAGAUUUGUGGAAGGAAGAGAUGGUGAAUUAUAAGAUGUAGAAGACAAAGUAUGCUUAGUUUUGACUUGCAUCUGCUACUAUAUUGAGAUAGUGUGCUUGAAUUAUUGAAGGCCGCUUGAUUAUUGUAUGAUUAAGGUGGCUUUUUGUGAACCUGCAAUCAAUAAAAACAAGAAGGAAUGCAAUAGGAAGACCCUUUACAAGAA